UAUGACUUUAAACUAAAAUGGCGACGUCAGUAGAGUGAUGGAAUUGAGGAAUUUUUUCAAUUGUGUUGAUUCUUUUUUAUAUUCAUAUUAUAUAUACAUAUAUUGGUGGAUAUUUAACCCAAUUACAACAAUAAAGUGCAGUUUUGAAAACACAAACAAAUAAUCUAGUGGAAAAUGUUAAAGAAUUUUCGCAAAUGCAUCAAAUAAAAAGUGAAAAUACAAAACAACAUCAUCGAUUCGAUGAACGAAAAGAACGUCGCAGUGAAAAAAGUGAAAAAGUUACGAAAAAAAUAAAAAUGGCGCCUGCGAUGAUGUCUUGACUUUCUUUUUUUAAUUUGUUAAUAAUUCGCAUACGACGUUAUUGGAAUCAUUGAAAAGUUACUAAAAUAUAAAUAUUCCUCAAAGGAAUAUGAAAUGAAUGUGAAGAAAAUCUAUUGAAAUAAAUUAUAUCAAAGCUGUUAAAACGCAACGCCAAGCAGCAGCAACAUACAAUACGAAGCAUACCACGAUAGAGGAGGCACACAAAAAAAAAAAACAAGAAAAUUUGUUGCCGUUUCCAUUUGCCCACCACAACAGUUUUAUUCGUCGUUUUGGGGCAUUCAUUCAUACGUGUUCGUGCGUGUGUUUUUUAUUUUUUUUUAUUCUUCAUUAACUGAAUUUUUUGAAUUACACGACGAACUCGCCGUAGAAGGAGGCCUUGAGGAUGUGUGCUGCUCAAAGUAAUCCGACGCAAAGUUUUGGUCCUUACACAUGGGGUUUUGCGGCCGACAAUACUCGGGCAGAUUCCGUAUUGGAGAUAUCGCCCAAUAUCAACUAUACCGUGAGCAGUGAAUCUAUGCCAUAUUUGUUAUCUACAGAUGGGUCGUUAACAGUUCAAAAAGAUGUAAAAGCCGGCUUGGCGCCCAGUAAAGGUCUUGUACGGCGAAUGGUGCUUGUCAAUGAUCCCUUUUCACCAGGAGGUCAAAGAGUGAUAACAAGUGGAAAUUCCACAGUGGUCAAGAAACCAGAUCAACAAGUUCUCAGUUUAAAUUGUGACAAAAAUUAUCUUUUGGUGGAUCAAACAGAUCAGACACAUCUCAGCAAUGGCAUUGUGGAUUCGAAAGCACAAACGAUAUUAACAUCUGCGGGUAAAACACACUUUAGCCCUAUUGGGCCAUUGCAUCUAACGGCCGAGGAGUGCAAUGAGAUUUUAAUGAAGCGUGCCUUGGCCGCUUCACAUCCUCAGUCGAUAACAGCGAAUGAUGGUCAUGCGACCUCAGCAAGUGACAUUAUGCCUGGUAUUUCAGUGCAAGUACAGAAAGUUAUACAAGGUCUGGAAGAAAAUGAUGAAUCACAAGGUGACACACCAAAUCUAAAAUUGGAACCGGGUACAUUGGAACUAUCACCGAAAACCGAAUUACAAGAAACAAUGCAUUUUAGUGAUAACGAUACCACAAUAAAGAAGGAGCGCCCUUACAGUUGUGAGGAGUGCGGUAAAUCAUUUUUACUGAAACAUCAUUUAACCACUCAUGCUAGAGUGCAUACAGGCGAACGUCCUCAUGUUUGUACACAUUGUGGCAAAAGCUUUGCCCACAAACACUGCUUAAACACACAUUUACUGUUACACUCCACCGAUCGCCCUUACCAGUGUACAGAGUGUAAGAAAAGUUUUACAUUGAAACAUCAUUUGUUAACACAUUCACGUGUUCAUUCGCGUGAUCGGCCGUUUAUUUGCCAGGAAUGUGGUCGUACAUUUCCCCUCAAACGUCACCUGGUGACACACAGUAAAUUCCAUGCCGGCGAACGGCCGUAUGUGUGCGACGAAUGUGGCGAAAGUUUUGCCCAGGAAAAUCAUCUAAUUAUGCAUUCACGUUUCCAUGGUUCUGUAAAUCCCUUUGUUUGUCAGGAUUGCGGUGUUACAUUUCCUCGAAAAUUUCAAUUGGUCAAUCAUGCUCGCAUACAUGGCAAAGUACCACAUUCAUGUACGGUAUGUGGCAAGGAAUUUUUACAGAAGCGUACUCUGGUGGCACAUAUGCGCGUUCAUACUGGCGAUCAACCACAUCCUUGUAUCAGUUGUGGUGAAGGUUUUAUGACACGACCCGAUUUAAAUCAACACAUACGCAGUGUACAUGGCGGUGUCAAUCCAAAUUCUUCAAAUACAGCAUCAGUGCCGUCCAAUAAUGCUGUUAUAACAUCUCAACAACAAACUCAAACUAUACAACAAAUACACCAAACGCAAGCCCAAACAACACACCAGCAACAGCAGCAGCAAGCGCAUCAGGUGCAAAAUAGCCACCCACAGACCGUAACCGUGGUUAGUAAUCCCAACAACUCAGCAUUGCUGACAGUAACCAAUGAUGCAAAUAAUAGGCCACAAUUUGUUUGCCGGGAAUGCGGAAGUGCCUUUAACAGUCGCGAAGCUUUAGCCCUUCACCUGCGUUUACAUACCGGCGAUAAAAGUCUUAUGACCGAUUUGUGUGCUUUAACCGCUGCCUUGCCAACCCAUCUCCUAAGCACAGGCAGUCUUAAUCCUGGAACAGCAACCGUGGUAUCUGCAAAUCCCAAUAUCAUAGCCCAAAACCAAAUGCCAGUUCAAAUCAUAUCAUCAACGGGUCAAGUUGUUUCACAGACAACACUGGUGCAGGCCGCCGCUACGACUCAUCCGCAAAGUUUAGUUGCCACAAUGCCAUUGCAGGCACAUCAUCAGCAGCAACAACAGGCAACUCAACAUUUACAAAAUGGUAAUCCCGCAGGCCAUCCUCAACAACAGCAGCAGCAGCAACCGCAACAGCAGCAACAACAGCAGCAGCAAACGCAACCAACACCCACCAAACCCAAGUCUCAUUUCUGUGCCAGCUGUGGUAAAGGUUUUGCCGCAAAACAUGGCUUAAUGCAACACAAUCGACGCCAUCCGAACGGCGGCUGUACCGUACGCACGCAUGUCUGCGAAUGUGGCAAAGCCUUCUUCCAGAAGAAUCAUCUAAUGCUACAUCAACGUCAACAUCUGGAAACGAAACCACCCAUUACACAGCAACAGCUUGAUUUUCUUCUUCGACAGGAUCCCAACGUCGUACAACAACACGUACAACAACAGCAGCAACAACAACAGCAGCAACAACAACAGCAGCAGCAACAACAGGCACAACAGCAAUUGGCCCAACAGCAGCAGCAGCAACAACAACAACAGCAACAAAAUUCUCAACAACAACAAAUGAAUACUAGAGAAGUUAUGAUUGGUAAUCAGGCCGUUCAUGUGCAAGUAUUACAGGGAACGAAUACAGCACAAGUUAUCAAAUAUGAAAUCAAUAUACCCCAAGAAAAUCAAAACAUGGAAUAGCAAGGAUAGCUAAUGUCAUCAAAUCCUUCGCAACAAAUCCCAAGGAAUGAGAAUGGAACAUAAAGAUGUGUUAACACGAAAAAAAAAAAAAAAAAAAAACAAAAAACUAUAAUACUUCGAAUAAGAACGACAGGACAAAAGCAAAACAAGCAUUUACCAAAAUAUCUGGGAAACCGAGUAACUGUUACUUUUUUAUGCAAAUGAUGGUAAGAAUUCCCUAGGGAAGGAAGCAGGAAACAUUACUUCCCCCACAAAAACACCACUCCCCCAAACAGUUAUAAAACGACCCGUUCCUCAUUUGUUGUUACCUUUGCCUUACUACGUUGCGAGCUAAGUCAUAGCCGAGAAAGAGAGGGGUUUAUUGUUUCAUAUUUUAUAAUUUAAUUUCACAUAAAAUUAACAAAUUUGAAUUUGUUUUUUUCGGUUUUUAAAUUUCUCUCUUUUUGGAACAAAACAUUAAAAAUACCAAUUAAUCUGGCAUUCAUAUUGAAUAUAUGGGCUGAAAAGUCCCGAUUGUAACAUAGAAACACUAAAAUUAAUUAAUUAAAAUCAUAGAUUAUCGGCUCGAAUACAAGUUUUUUAUGAGUCGUCAAGAAAACAUGUGCGUGCUCAGUCUUUCUUAUAAACAGCAGAUUGUUUACUGUAAUAUACAGCAAUUCCAAGUUUUUUUAUUCUUUUUUUCACGACUUGUCUGGGGGAAAAAGCUGUAAUAGAAAAGCUAUUCUAAUACCAAAAUGUUGAAUUAUAUUGCUCAUAUUGCAAUCUUUGUGAUCUCACCAAUUCUUCUACAAAAUACACACUUUCCUUAGACUGAAGUCCAUCAGUAAAUCUUCUAUAAAUAGAAAGAUCUUUAUCAUAUCACCCACGUAUUUGUCACAGUGAGUAUGUCUUCUAUAAUUUGAAGAAAAGGUGGACUUCAAUAGUUUUUCUAAAAAAUGAAUAUUUUCAGUAUGUUUUCUUUAGAAGGUGUUCAACAGGUCUCUUAAAAAUAAAAAAAGCCUUUGCCAAGUCUUCUAUAUAUUGGAUUGCAUAGUUGUCUAAGACAAAAGUUUGUUUAUAGACAGAAGGGUUCCCACAUUUGGAAAUGUCUUCUAUAGACAUAAUUACUCCAGUUAGCACAACAUAGACAUAAUAUUUUCCACAUAUAAGAGCUCUAUAAACGCAUGGAACCCUUUUUAAAUAAGAUUUUUACACAGACAGUCGCACUAUAUAUAUCUUGAUAUUUAGCAGCAGACAAAUGGAAGAUCGUCUACAGCUUAAAUGUUUUCAAUCGAUAAUAGACCUUCCUGGUAGUUCAAAUUAAGUGAAUUCGAAAUUCGAAAGCCAUCAGUAUUUCUGUUACAAUUGGGAAAUUUGUUUUCACCCAUGUUGUGUUACGCAGGCGAUUACCUUAUCAUAGUUUGACCUCGUCGUUGUUGUUGUUUUGUCUAAGUUUUUUUUUGUUAUAUAUACAAAUAUGUGUAUAUAUAUUCAUAUAUAAUUACAAUAUAAAUAUAUUUUUAACAUUUAUUGACACAUACACAUACAUUUUUUUACAAAUAUUGCAGUUAAAAUUUACAAAAAGAAAAAUUACAUCGUCGUCCCCCUCUCUAGUUAUUAACAUUUAUUUUUUAAAUAAUACCCUUUAAAGAAAGAAUAAAAAUCAAUAUAUUUUUUAAUUUAUAAAUAAGUAGAAGUAUGAAAAACAAAAGUACAUUACCUAGGUUUAAAACACAAUGCAGUUAUAUAAUAUUUUUGUUUUAAUUUUUCCAUUAUUAUUAUUAUUAUUAUUUAGAUAUUCUCUUUAUCAAUUUUCUAAUUUCAUCUUUUUAUUUUAAUUGUAGUUUGUAUAUAGUUAUUAAUUUUAUUAUUUUUUAAAUAUUAAAGUAAAAGCAAAGUAAAACAAAAACAAUGAAACACUUGAAAUAUUGGUACAGAUUUGUGUAAAAAAAUGUUUUUGUUUUUUUAUUAAUUCUUUAAAAUUGCACAGUCCAUAAAUCCCCCGCCCCAAUAAAAAAAUAAAAUUAAAAACAGCAACAGAAAAUAUCCUUAAACAUAGCUCCCGAUAUUUAUACAAAAAAAAAAAAAAAAAAAAAAAAACAACCAACCACACAAAAAUUGUAGCAUAAAAGGAAUAUCAGAAAUAUAUAAUGGACGUAAUAAAAAGUAAAAUCUUUAGCAAAGAUUUUUAUUUUAAAACAACAGAAACAUAGAUUCUAGCACCAUGUAAUACGGAAAAUCCCUUUUUAAUUACACCUCUGUAGUAAAAAAGUCAUUGGAUCAGAGAAAACAAAAAGCGUGCACGCCUCUAACACCAAACCACCAACCCCAUUUAGCUGUGAUGUGUGGAAAAUGGAGAAUCAUUGAUAGAAUUUUAUGGUUUUGCAAUUUUUAUAUCCAUAUUUAAGGAUAUUUAUCUUGUCAUGAUCUAAGGAAGUUUAUAUCUAAGGACAGUUGUUAUGCUGCAUGAAUGAUGUGGGGAUGUUAGUUGUAGAAUUGGCAAUGGAGAGAGUGUGGAAAAAACGAAACUAUGUUUUAAUGAAAAAAAGAAUUCUAAAAAGGAAGAACAAGUAAGACCUCAAAAACCGUAUUGUAAUUCAAAACCAUACAUCUGUCAACACCUCUUAUCUAAAAAUCGAGGACAUAGUAGAAGAGCUUCUCGAUACUCUCGUUUACCCAACCGUUAUUUUGGUUCAGCUAUUCCUUCAUCUGUAAUCAAAAGUAAAGAUGACACGAACAUUCGGAAUUAGUCUGCUUUGCAACUAUCUAUUCUUUUCUGCAAUGUUAUUAUGGAACCAGAGAUGUUGUCGUUAUCCCUUGUUCCAUUCCCAAAAGUGAUCUCUUGUAUACCCCAAAGUAUCUUAUCCGUGUUGUUCAAAUCAUUUUCCUGAGUAUUCUAAUACUUUUGUGUGCCUAUGGCCACCUGAUGAGUGCUUUCAAUUGUUCCAGGCUAACUCUACUUCUUUUUAAUUUUUAAAAAGACCAUUCCUGUUUUAUUAGUCGUGGUACGUAAGGCUCUUUUGCAAGUGAUCCUCUAUACCUCCUUAUUCCCUUGCAAAUUAUAUUUUUUAAAUAAACUCACUUAUGCCUUAAAGUAUGCUCUUAAUUUUGUUAUUAAAAAAUAUAUUUUCUCCCAACAUUUAUAUCAAGUUGGCGUUCUUUAUUGUAUAUAGAUACCAAGGAUAUUGGGAAUUUUAGACCUCCCAGGGCGAGUCUCCCAAGUCCUCGAUUUAUUCCGCUUCCAUGUAUUGCCUUUAAUGAUAGGUUUUAGUCUUUGCAUGGGAUAUUCAUAAUCAGAAAAUACAUAAGCAGCCAUUUUUUAAGUUGUCAACACAUUUGUGAAAAAUUGAACAAGAGACGUUUCAUCACCCUUUCCUUGAAAUCUUUGUCAAUAUCUUUACACAUCCCCUACACACAUAAUAGCUCAGGAUAGCCCAACAAUUUAGAUAUAAACUUCAAACAGUCGCCGGUUUUAAGUAGUCAUCAAAAUUAUUCAUUAUCAUCAUUGAUAUGUAACUACAAAUAUUGUUGCCAACAUUUUUCUUUUCUUUUUUUUUGCUAUAUACGAAUUGUGUAAUUUACUUAGUUGUUAAGAAGCCAUUUACCUUCUUAUUUUUUAGUUUCAUACAGAUAUUUUUUACCUUACACUCUACCAAUAACUACUGCAACAACUACCCACGUAUACUUAUAUUUUAAAAUGUUAUAUUUUAUAACUUAUAAAUAGUAUACAUACAUUUAAAUAUAUAUAUAUCUAUAUCAUAAAUUGUAAAUUUUAGGUCUAAUGUUAAUGAAAAGAAAAUGAAAGAAAAAAAAAAAACAAACACAAAGAAAAAUGAUGAUUUUUACACCUCUAUUGCAUUAUUUCCAAUUAAGUUUUAAUUAUUCAACCUCUACAAAAUUAGUUUUUAUGAUCACCCUUAAACACACACACAAUCACGCAAGACAAAAAAAAAAAAAUGAGCAAACAUAAAACUACCCAUUUUCGAAUUCUUCCCCAUAUUUUUUGAAAAAAUUAAAAUUUAAAUUUAACGAAAAACUAAUAAACAAAGAAAAAGAAAUAUAUAAAGAAAAAUCUAUGCAGUGAUGUGUUGGUCGCAUCUAAAACUACAACCUCUCUUUUAAGCUAUACAAAAAACAAAUAUACAGAUGAAAUAAGAGAAAAAUUGUGUAAAAGAUAAAAACAAAAGAAAAAAACCCAACAGCAAAAUAUAAGAAAAAUAUGAUUGUAAAAAUAUUCUAAUUUUUUGUUUUCAUUUAAUUUUUUUAUGUGUAGCAAGAGAAGAAAAAAAUAAUAGAAACAAUUUCUGUCACAUCAGUUAGCCAAAAGGGAAAGAGGACGAUUGCAAAGAGACUUGAUUGCGACAAAACUCCCACGUUUGUAAACAAGUUUUUGAUCUGAAUAAAUUGAUUUCAAAUAUUUAACUGAUGGUAAUCAACAUUUGAACAACUUUGAAAUCAAUUAUUCAAAUUAGAUAUUUUAUUAAAAAGACCCUGUGAAAAUUGAAAUGUAAAAUCUGCAUGACAUAUUCUUUAACGCGACAAGUUCUCUAAUGAAUGUUUCAUUAAAAAAAAAAACUUAACAGAAAGAUAAAAUCUUCAAAUUUCGAUUCAAGCCACAGAGGAUGUAUCCUUGAGAAAAGGUUUCCAAAGGAGUUUAGCUGCUGGAGCUUUUAGGACCAACCUAUUUUUAUUGAUGUAGACGGUAUAAAAGGAAAAUUGUAAGAGUUUGUUGUUAGCUACCGGAAGUAUUUGGCAGUAUUUAUUCUGUGGAAAUAUACCUGCCAGCAACGAAAAUGUUAAGUUCUGAACUAAUUUUCGAGUUCAGGAAAUUAAGAUUUAAAUCGGUGAUGCUUGCCAAAUAGCAGGAUCUUUCUGUUCUAACGAAGCAUUUUUGGUGUAGGACUAGGAAUGUUGCCAAAAAGACAAGAAAAUUUUUCGAACUGCAUUCAGUGAAGAUAUGCCGUCAACGAAAAUUUCAAGGUCAUAAUAGACUACUGACCUCUCUAGAAAGAAGAUUUACACUAUGGACUUUUUUGGAGAUAUAGAAUUGAAAAAAAGAAAGACUUGUAGUAAGAGUGGUUUGCUAGGCUACGAUAUGCUUUUACAAAACGAUGUUAUGAUAGUUAUCUACAUUUUAGAAGAACGUUAGAGUUUCUAUCUCACCUACCAAAAAUUUCCUUUGUCUCCUGGUUGAUAACAUGGAACUUCGGUUUUCUAUCUCACCUACCAAACAUUUCCUUUGUCUCCUGGUUGAUAACAUGGUGUAGUAGGUAUUCAAUCAUUUCUAACUCUUCAGUCUGUAAUCAGCGAUUGCAUCUAUUCAGAUCCGCUUGAUAGGCUUCAUUAUCUAAAGGCUCUCGCUUAUACCGUUGGACCUAUCUAUCUCUCUCUCUCAUGUAUCCUUCCUGGCACGCCUGGGUGAGGAGUUCCGAUACGGCAACGAAAGCAUAUGAUUAUGCUGACGUAAGAGAUGAACCUCCGUCUCCUCAUGUAAAUGGUGGGAUGAAUAGUAGUUUUAAAUAAUCCUUAUUUUACAAAAUGGAAGAGAGGACACCGCCAAAACUGGAUAUAUGGAAGGGGUUGUAAAAAUUUGUCCAAAACUAUAACUAUCAUCAACUGUAACAUAAGGUAAAUGACUUUUAAGUGGGAUAGCGAUGACAAGCUCUCUUACGAUAAGGAGGAAACUGAAAUGGUCGAACACUUAAUCUGCCACUUUCCAACACUAUUCGGUGUGAGAAAUAGGCAUUCUCCAACACAGAAUCUGCAGUCAUUCUCUAUUUAAUCAGAAGACUAAAGACAACAUGAUAAAUUCUUUUUGUAGAUUACAAAUCUAUUUUUUUUGUUCAAUUUAGAAUGGUCCAAAGGACCGGGAGGUCUCCAAGUCUGGCAGAUGUUAUUUUCUUGUUAGGAGCAUUUCUUUGUAAUAAAAACUCAAAAUACGACAUAACAUAGAAAAUAUGACUAAAACAAAAUACUUGAAACCGGGGACUAUAUCAAAUGACCAAAAUAAAGUAAAAUUAAAUGUUGCCAAAUAUAUCUCAACAUAUUGGCGUCUCUUUGUAUAUGGUCAACAGUAUAUAAAUGCCUCAAGAAGUUUGACCUAAGAACCCGAAACAGUUUUAGGGUUUUGAUAUAAUACAAAUCGGAUACUAUCAAAUUCACUUGAAAUUUUACACAGAAAAAAAGAAAUUUUAUGUUACUUUCAUUCAUUAACUCGAAUAAAGAUAGUGUUAAAAUUAGGUUAUUUUUCGUGUUUUUUUGGAAACAUUGAUGCAAUUUUUCUAGGUAUGUAAUGGAAAUCGAGAUUUCUUUUAUUUGAUGAAUUUUGAUGAAGAAUAAUUUUGUAUUGGAUGUUAUUCUUUUUAAAUGGUACUUUGUAGGUGUAUUAUACAUAAACUCAUGACGAAAGGGUUUAACUCGUAAAAAAUGAGUAAGGUUUAGUAAAAUUUUCAAUGCCAUAGAGUAUUGCUGUGCGAAAUUUGUUCCUUCAAGUCGAUCAGAGUUCCAUAGGUCACGAAAACAACCUGUGCUCUGUUCCAUAACUGCAAGAAUGUAAAAGUAUGUACUAUGAUAAACGAUUAUACCUCUGUGAUAUC